AUGAAGUUGGAGGAAUACGAGACAAUUGCGCUUAUUGAGGAAUGCAGUGAAAUAUUGCAAAAGAAAUUACCUCCAAAGCUUAAAGAUCCUAGUAGUUUCACCAUUCCAUGCUCUGUAGGGGGUUCAGUGGUGACAAAAGCCUUAUUUGAUUUAGGGGCUAGUGUGAAUCUAAUGCCUCUAUCAAUCUUACGCAAGUUAAAAUUGGGAGAAGCUCGCCCUACUACCAUGUCCCUACAAAUGGCCGAUCGUUCAAUUAAGCAUCCAAGGGGAAUCAUUGAAGAUGUGUUGGUGAAAGUAGACAAGUUUAUAUUCCCUACAAACUUCAUAGUGUUGGACAUGGAAGAAGAUACUAAUAUCCCAAUAAUUCUUGGAAGACCGUUUUUAGCUACCGAAAGGGCGUUAAUAGAUGUUAAAAAUGGUGAGUUAAAGUUGCGAGUUCAAAAUGAGGUAGUAACAUUUAAUGUUUUUGCAGAAAUGGAAAUUCCAAGUUGUUGCAUAGUUGAUGUAGUGAAAAGAGGGGAUGAUGAGUUGGGAGUCACUAGGAAAAAGUCCAUGGUUCAAUGUGGUGUUCGAAUAGUUCAUCAUCGUGUGAAAAUGAUCUUUUGUGGGAAAGCUCGAAUGUUACAUGAACGAUGGAAAGUUCCAAAAAUUUCCAAUAUCAAGAAAUGA